AUGAAACUUUGGAUUUUUGUUCUGUGCUCAGUUGUGGUUGCAUCUGAUCCUUUCCAGUCACAGCCUUCUUUUUCUUCAGCCAGAGGAUCUUGUCAGAGUUUGUGUUCCUGUGAAGAAAAGGAUGACACCUUGAUUAUCAACUGUGACAAAAGAGACAUCAAGAUGAUCUCAGAAAUAAAUGUCCCACCAUCACAGCCUUUCCAUCUUAAUCUGUUAAACAACGGUCUGAGUAUGUUACACGUGAAUGAUUUUGCUGGCCUUGUUAAUGCUAUUUCUCUGCAUCUUGGUUUUAACAAUAUAGCAGAUAUUGAGCCUGGAGCUUUCAAUGGUCUCAGCCUUCUUAAGCAACUUCAUAUCAAUCACAAUUCUUUGGAAACACUUAAAGAAGAUACGUUUAAUGGAUUGGAAAAUUUAGAGUUUCUUCAAGCAGACAACAAUUUCAUCACAGUGAUUGAAGCAAGUGCCUUUAGCAAGCUCAACAGGCUUAAAGUGCUUAUUUUGAAUGAUAAUGCCAUUGAGUAUCUUCCUCCAAACAUAUUUCGUUUUGUGCCAUUGACCCAUUUAGAUCUCCGUGGAAACCAGUUACAGACACUGCCCUAUGUUGGCUUUUUGGAACACAUUGGAAGAAUACUAGACCUUCAGUUGGAAGACAACAAAUGGGCCUGUAACUGUGAUUUGUUGCAGCUGAAGAUAUGGCUAGAAAACAUGCCUCCUCAGUCCAUAAUAGGUGAUGUUGUAUGCAAUAGUCCUUCAGUUAUCAAAGGCAGCAUAUUAAGCCGGCUGAAAAAAGAAUCACUUUGUCCCACCCAUCCUGUUAAUGAACUUGAAGAUCCUUCAGGGUCACUGCCCUUGGUUGUGACCACCUCUAUCAAUGAUAAUCUUCUGUCAACUAAGGUGAUUCCUCUCCUGAAAGCUCCUACUAAAGAACCAAGUUUAGCGCUUCAUACUUCCAAGCCUACUACGUUUCCAGGAAUCUCUUGCCCUGUCCCUUGUCACUGCACCAGCCAUAUGCUCUCAGGAGUUCUUAUGCACUGCCAGGAGCGAAAUAUUGAAAGCUUGUCUGAUUUAGGACCCCCUCCUCCAAAUCCUAAAAAGCUUAUCCUAGCUGGAAACAUUAUUCAGACACUAUUGAAAUCAGAUCUUGUGGACUAUGCCAGCCUGGAAAUGCUUCACCUGGGGAACAAUCGCAUUGAAAUCCUUGAGGAAGGCUCUUUUAUGAAUCUGACCAGACUACAGAAACUAUAUCUCAAUGGCAAUCAUCUUACAAAGCUAAGUCAAAAUCUCUUCCUUGGCCUUCAGCACCUUGAGUACUUGUACCUUGAAUAUAAUGCCAUCAAAGAAGUUUUGCCAGGGACAUUUAAUGUAAUGCCAAAACUGAAAGUUCUCUACCUAAAUAACAACCUUCUGCAGGCUUUGCCACCCCAUAUCUUUUCAGGUGUUCCCCUCACCAGACUAAAUCUGAAAACAAACCAAUUUGCUCAUUUACCUGUGAGCAAUGUCUUGGAUGAACUGGAUAUGCUGGUACAAAUUGAACUUGAAGACAACCCUUGGGACUGUACUUGUGAUUCAGUUGGACUGCAAAAAUGGAUACAAAAAUUGAGUAAAAAUACCAUGAUGGGUGAUAUUUUUUGUAAAUCUCCUGGGCACUUAGCAAAAAAAGAAUUGAAAUCCCUAAACAGUGAAGUCUUGUGUCCAGGUUUAAUAAACAGCCCUGCCCUACCAACCCAUGCCAGUUUUGUGGUUGUGACAACUUCUUCUCCUACUGCCAACACCGCAGACACUAUCCUGCGGUCCCUUACAGAUGCUGUCCCACUUUCUGUUCUAAUAUUAGGACUGCUCAUUGUGUUUAUAACUAUUGUAUUUUGUGCAGCAGGAAUAGUUGUUCUUGUUCUGCACCGGCGCCGGAGAUGCAAAAAGAAACAGGUGGAUGAACAAGUGAGGGACAGCAGCCCUGUUCACCUUCAGUACAGCAUGUAUGGGCAUAAGACAACACACCACACCACGGAGCGCCCAGCUGCAACUCUCUAUGAGCAACGAAUAGUUACCCCCAUGGUUCAGGUAUACCACAGCCCAUCCUUCAGCCCCAAGCACACUGAGCAGCAGCAGGAAGAGGGAAGUGAGAAGGAAGCAAAUGAUUCUAAAUACCUUCGCCGAAGUCUUCUAGAAAGAGAGAACAGUUCCCCACUUACAGGUCCAAAUGUCAAAUACAAGGCUACAGAUCAAUCUGCUGAAUUUCUGUCUUUUCAGGAUGCUAGUUGCUUGUACAGAAACAUUCUUGAAAAAGAGAGAGAGCUGCAGCAACUAGGGAUCACAGAAUACCUAAGGAAAAAUAUUGUGCAGCUCCAGCCUGACAUGGAAGUUCGUUAUCCUGGAUCACAUGAAGAGUUGAAGCUAAUGGAGACACUCAUGUACUCCAGGCCAAGAAAGGUUUUUCUAGAACAAACUAAAAAUGAGUAUUUUGAGCUCAAGGCUAAUUUACAUGCUGAGCCUGACUAUCUGGAAGUCCUGGAGCAGCAAACGUGAAGUGAUAAUAUGUUGGGCCAGGGCCGAAUUUCUGUGGUUUUACUUUAAGGUGGAAUCAUUGUACAUAAAAGUGCCUUAUAAAAACAUGUCAACAGUCAGAACUUAAGCACAGCAGUAAUCCUAGCAAAGAAAAACUCAGGGAUCACUGUGGGAAGCCAUGGGGUUGUGAACAGGCAAUAUGUCACACCCCAAGUUAAGCAAGAAUUUAGUGUGAUUGAACUGUGGGAGGAAGACUGCUUAUUGCACUAUUCCUCGUCAUUUUGAAAAGGUGUGUAUGCCAUUCUCCGUUCUCUUCUCUGUUUGCCAGCCUAUGGAAAAAAACGGUUCAUUACCUUCACCCUUUCUUUUUUCCCCUCCAUUUAAUUAGAUUCCUUUAAAAAAACCAAAAAGAUCAAAAAAAAAAAAA